AUGGCGUCAAUCAUAGAUACUGCGUUUACACCGCCGUGGUUGUAUGGAACUGUGGCCGCUUUCGUGCUCAUCACGGGCCUCCUCUUCGCGACGAUGAAGUUUGUGGGGCGCCUCCUUGCGGACCGGCAGUUGGCGAGAGUGCAUCCGCCAAACGCCCGCAGGCUGAGCACAGAAGAUUUCGAGGCCCUGGCUUGCCGGACUGGCCUCACACGGGCAGAGAUCGCCCGAUUGUAUGUGUCAUUCAUGAAAAUCACGGGUGGCAACUCACACGAAGAUGUUGAUAAGGUCAUCGAGGAACUGCCAUACUUCGAGGGCCCUCUGCAGGAUCGGAUGAAGACUGCUCUGAAACUACCAGAGAAGGUCGACUUCGUAAUCCUUGCCACGGCGCUCAGUGUGUUUAGCGAGCGCGCAGCGCUCGACGACAAGAUGCGCUUCCUCUUUCGUAUGUACAGCUCCGACCUGGGAAGUGUCAGCAAGCAGGAUCUCACCAAUCUCAUGAAUGACGUUCUGCCACCGUUCCCCGACGACGACGAGAGAAACAGGUUGAUCGACCGCGCGGUCCAAGGCACCUUCGAAGAGCUUUGCGGCAGCAACGAAAAUCAGGAGCUUGGGAUGGAGCAGUUUCAGAUGGCUGCCACACCGCUCAUCGGUGAGCGAUGCACCAUCUUUUUCUGA